CGCCGGAUGAUCUUAAAACCCUGCUUCUCCUCUUAUGCCCUAACCAGAGCUCGAUCGAGGAGAGAGAGAGAGAGUUGCAGCGGCUACAGGAGGACCUCCAUGGUUGCGGCGGCGGCAGCAGCAACAGCCAUGGGGAAGUCGCAGAGAUCUUCUAAGAACUCGGAUCGGUUGGAGCAAGAAAUCGCAGAGAAUCCGGCUGCAAACGAGGAUGUGGAGGAAGCCAGUGGUGGAGAUGAGGAAUCGCAGCCGAGUGACGCCGCGAGUUUGUCGGAGGAUGAGGGUUCUCAGGGAUCUCCUGUUGACAGUGAGGAGGAAAACGGGGAUGUUAGUGAUGAUGAGGACCAUCGGUCUGGAGAGGAGAGCGAUUCUUCUGAGGAGGAGGUGCCUUCGAGAAACACGAUUGGAGACGUUCCGUUGGAGUGGUAUAAGGAUGAGGAGCAUAUUGGGUAUGAUGUUGCAGGCAAGAAGAUCAAGAAGCAGGCUAGAAAGGACAGGAUCGAGUCUUUUCUAGCUGGGGUAGAUGAUGCUAAAAAUUGGAGAAAGAUUUAUGAUGAAUAUAACGAUGAAGAGGUGGAGUUGACAAAGGAGGAGGUUAAAAUUAUCGGUAGGAUGCUGAAGGGGAAGACUCCACAUGCAGGAGUUGAUCCAUAUGCGCCUUAUGUUGAUUGGUUCGUGUGGGAUGACAAAGGACAUCCACUUUCUAAUGCACCAGAGCCAAAGAGGCGUUUUGUUCCUUCUAAGUGGGAACAGAAAAAGGUGGUUCAAUAUGUUCGAGCCAUUCGUAAGGGCCUUAUUAAGUUUGACAAACCGAAGGAGGAACCUCGCGUUUACUUAUUAUGGGGUGAUGAUUCUAGUGCUGCAGAAAACAAGAGGCAUGGUUUGAGUUAUAUUCCAGCACCUAAACCAAAACUGGCAGGUCAUGAAGAAUCAUAUAAUCCUUCUGUGGAGUACAUCCCUACCCAGGAGGAGAUUAACUCUUACCAGCUGAUGUAUGAGGAAGACCGUCCUAAGUUUAUUCCUAGAAGGUUUGAGUCGCUUCGAAGUGUGCCGGCAUAUGAGAAAGCACUUAAAGAGAACUUUGAUAGAUGUCUAGACCUAUAUUUGUGCCCUCGAACCCGGAAGAAACGUAUUAACAUAGAUCCUGAGUCUCUAAAACCCAAGUUACCCAGUCGGAAAGAUUUGAGGCCUUAUCCAAGAACAUGCUAUCUCGAGUACAGAGGACAUACAGGUCCUGUGAAGACGAUUUCAAUUGAUGUAUCGGGGCAGUGGAUGGCAUCUGGUUCAUCGGAUGGAACGGUGCGUGUUUGGGAGAUCGAAACCAGUCGCUGUCUUAGAGUUUGGAAUGUUGGUGAAGCUAUCAAGCAUAUUUCAUGGAACCCAUUGCCUGAACUUCCUGUCCUGGCAAUUUCUGCGGGACAUGACGUGCUUAUCUUAGAUACUGGAUUGGGAAAUGCAGAAGAGCAGGCGAGGAUCAAGGAGCUGCUUCAUGUGGAGGAAUCAAAACCGGAGGAGGAUGGAAGCACACCUGUUGUGAGUUGGGUCCAAGAUGACAAGUAUGACUGCAUCAGAUUAAAGCAUCUUAAGGCUGUGACAACAGUUGAAUGGCAUCGCAAAGGCGACUAUUUUACUACAGUUGUGCCUAGUGGUGAUUCUAGAGCAAUAUUGAUACACCAACUCUCCAAGAAGCAUACACAAAAUCCAUUCAAGAAAUUGCAUGGGCUUCCAGUUUCAGCAGUUUUUCAUCCAACGCGUUCCAUUUUCUUCAUAUCAACAAAGAAAAAUAUUCGUGUUUAUGAUCUUUUGAAGCAGAAGCUUGUUAAGAAGCUUGAGACUGGCGUUCGUGAGAUUUCCUCCAUUGCAAUUCAUCCUGGAGGUGAUAAUGUUAUUGUGGGGAGCAAGGAUGGAAAAAUGUGCUGGUUUGAUAUGGAUCUAUCGUCUAAAUCAUACAAGACCUUGAAGACCCACCCAAAAGAUAUAACAAACGUUGCCUUUCAUCGUUCCUACCCUCUUUUUGCCUCGUGCUCCGAUGACUGCACUGCAUAUGUCUUUCAUGGCAUGGUGUACUCGGAUCUUAACCAGAAUCCACUCAUUGUCCCAUUGGAAAUUUUGCGUGGCCAUACAAGCUCUGAUGGUAGAGGAGUGUUGGAUUGCAAGUUUCAUCCAAGGCAGCCAUGGUUAUUCACUGCUGGUGCCGAUUCAAUUAUCAAACUUUAUUGUCAUUAACAUGCGAGAUAAUGCAAGAUCAUGGGAAGAAACUACAGCAGUCGAGUUGAGAAAAAGGGAAGCAAACAUGGAUCAAUCAGUUUUUAUUUAGAUGAUAGAACAUGAUCUUCCAUAGAACUUAAACCAGUGUUCUUGGAGUUCAUGUUCUUCCGGAAUUCGACCCCAUCUUUGUUUUUUCAACUCAAUUUUUGCUCUCCAUUUGUCUUUAAGAGUGCCCAACUAUAUCUGUUAAAUUAGAUGAUACGAGAUGUUAUCCCCAAAGGAUCACCAUCAUGUUGGAUGUGAAACACUAAUGUAAUCUUAAUCCUACCACCUAUUUAUGCAUUCGAUUUGUAUGACAAAUGGUGUAAAUGAGUCUAAGAAGUUGAUGAAACCACUCCCAAUUGUUUU